AUCGAGGUUUGAGGCCUGGAUACCGGGAAAAGACUGGUGUGGUUGCCGGUGUGGUUGUUCUAUUAGCUUGCUGAAGUGCUGGCUAUAUGGAAUAUGUGUGCUCUUUGGUGUGCUUCGUGUGCCAAUAAGGUGUUUGUUGUAGAGAUGAUUCUUGAAGAGGUGUCUAGUGCGAUGAUUAUUGUAGAGGCAUCAAUUGCAAAGAUGUGUAUUGUAAAGAUGUUUAUUCUACAGAUGUUCAUUGUACGGGCGUCAAUUGCCAAGAGGUUUAUGAAAUAGAUGUUCAUUGUAGGAAUAUUUAUCGUUGAGGAUCAAUUACAGAAAUGUGAUUAUAGAGAUGUUUUUUUUAAAAAAUUCAUUGUGGACGCAUCAAUUGCAUAGUGGUUUAUGAAAUAGAUGUUCUUUGUAGAAAUAUAUGUCGUUGAGGA